ACAUUAGCAUGGGAAGUACUCGCAAAGGGAGGACCAUCUCUAGAUGCCAUAGAGGAAGGAGUUACAGCGUGUGAGCUGAACCAGUGCGGCACUCACAGAGUGACUGUGGGCUAUGGUGGAAGUCCUAAUGAAGCUGGAAAGACAACAUUAGAUGCUUUAAUAAUUGAUGGUGCAACACACGCUGCUGGGGAAGUGGGCUGUUUGAAGCGCGUCAAGACGGCAAUUUCUGUCGCUCGAGCUGUUCUGGAGAACACCAAGGCUACCCUUCUUGUUGGUGAAGAUGCAACACAAUUUGCCCUCCAGAUGGGAUUCAGAGAACAAGAUCUUCAUACUAACGAGUCUGUGUAA